CUCCUGUAGCUUUCGGUAUCGAAGCUCUUUUGACCAAACUCAACUGGAAUUAGUCAGAAUCGGUUAACGACUUAGUGUAAUGAUGAGCGGAUUGAAUAUCACGAAAAAGCUGUUAUAUAAUAGUCUUACCAGCCAUGUUUAUUUGAAAGUUUUUGAAUUUCUGAAUGUUUUUGACCAAUGUGACUGUUGAUCCAUGUCAAGAUCAUAUGUCAAGAAAUAAAUGACACAAUUUAUGAAAUUUGGAUAUCAAUUUGGUGUUUAUUAGUGAAAAUGUUUCGAAUCGUUGAGAUAAGAAUGUACACCUUUUUGAUAUUUGGAAAUCAAAAGAUAGCUCAUGACAUUAUGAGGAUUCCUACAAAACUCUACCUUAUAGUGAUUGCUUGUGUAUUCAUAAUACUAGUACAAUACCAUAUAUACAACCCAUGGGUGAUACCUCAACUGAACAAUAAUGUUAUACGAGAACAAAUCAUCGAUAGGAAGUUCCAAUUGCCGUGCUGUUAUCUAACUUUCGCUGAUGGAUCUGAUUUACCACCUCUGUAUAUCAUAACACCAACAUAUCGAAGACCGGAACAACUUCCGGAGUUGACUCGAUUAUCUCAUACUCUAAUGUUAGUGCCGAAUUUAACCUGGUUAGUGAUAGAAGAUGCCUAUGAAACCAACGAACUUAUUGAAAAUAUAUUGAAAAAAUCUGGCCUGACGUAUCACUAUAUGGUUGCUCCAAUGCCGGUCCAAUAUAAAAAUAAAACGAAGGGUCCCAAACCCAGAGGAGUCUCGAACAGAAAUAAAGGUUUGGAGUGGAUUCGACAAAAUGCUAAAACAGGAGUGUUUUAUUUUGCUGAUGAUGAUAACACUUAUGACUUGGAUUUAUUUAAUGAAAUAAGGUAUACGAAAAAAGUGUCCAUGUUUCCUGUUGGAUUAGUAACUAAGGCUGGUGUUAGUUCCCCAAUUGUGAAAAAUGGCGUUUUUGCUGGUUUUUAUGAUGGAUGGAUAGGAGGCAGAAAGUUUGCUGUUGAUAUGGCAGGAUUUGCGGUUUCUGUAGAUUUCCUUAUGAAGCGUCCUCAUGCAAAGAUGCCUUUCAAAGCUGGUUUUGAAGAAGAUGGGUUUUUGAAAAGUCUAGCUCCUUUUGAACCUAAGGAAGCUGAGUUACUAGCGUCAAAUUGUACUACAAUAUUAGUUUGGCACACACAAACAAAGAAAAAUGAACCGUCAUUGCCUCUGGAUAUGGCUAAACAUAAUGCUACUAAUCUUGUUAUGUUGAAAAAAAUCUUGGUGUAGGUAGUUAGCAAAUUGAUUUUUGAAAAUGUGCGAGAAGCAUUGAUUCCAAAAAGUAUUUUGAAAUUGUUUCAAAGAACAAGUGGAUCCUUUUGAAGCAGAAAUGUACAUAAUAUUUUUUCUACAAAAAUAAAGGUUUUUUUUGUUAGGUGGA